GAAUUUUUUUAUUGCCAGAACACAUUCUUCUUUGGUACGAAACAUGUCUCCCACCUUUAAUUCGCCUUCUGAUCUCGGAUACGGAUUAUAGAAAACACUGUUGGAUGUUUCACCAUCGUAAAGAUCCAUAUUUGUCAUAUGUUGAGGCGGAUUAUAGACAUGACUAUGAGGUAUUGAUGGUGGUUGAUCAUCAUCUUCAUCGUCAUUGUUCAGCAUGUGAUCAACUUGUAUCUCGGUCUCCUCUUCUUCUUCAUCAACGACGUCCACUAUUGCUUGUGCUUCUGGGUUGAGUCAUCUGACCAUUGUCGAUCAUCUUCACCAGAUUCAUCCUGACCGGUUAGUUGAGACUGUUGAGAUGAUAUACAUGGUUGAAGAGUAAUGUAUAACUCAAUACAGUUGCAGCAUGAAUGUUCAUGACUAACAAACAUGUAUUCAACAUCUUCAUCGUCUCGUACCUUAAGGGGGAAAUACUUGCAUUGACCAUUCUAAAAAAAUAUUGGAUUUUGAUAUGUGAUCUUUGACACAAUACCCGAUCAUAUAAAGGAUUGUAUUCUUUUUUUAAAAUGCAAGAAGGUUGCAUUUCUCUUGAUCGUGAGUCUAAUGGUAUCAGUGUUUUGAAAACAAAAACCAUGUAGCUCAGACUCGUAUGUUUCACCGUUGCAGUAAACGUUGACACUGUAUAAUGAUGAAGAUGACAUUGUGCAGAUGAAAACUAUUUUCUUACUGCAGAUGAAUGUGAGUGAAGUGUCUUGGAUGUUGAUAUUAAAACACUUAAAUAGAGGAGUGAAGUGUCUCACAUGCUAGCUAGUUCGGAGUGACGUGUCGUACAUACAAGCUACUCUGAAAUGAUGUGUCAACCAUGCAAGCUACUAAGAAGUGACAUGUUCAACAUGCAAGAGACAAUACAGACACGUGUCAUACAUGCAGACACACACUCCAAAUGAAUUGGCGCCCCCACUCAUUCCUUGCACAUGGGCGCCAAUUCAAGUGGAGACACCAUGCAUUCAGACCUCGAAACCAAGCAAUCAGACCUAGGUCUUGCAUGCAUGUCCCUAUGGAGGCGCAAAUUUGAAUGGCGACCCCUCUUAAAGGUUGUACAUGGUCGCCAAUUCAAGUGGAGACACCAUGCAAGCACAACUUUUCAUGCUCUCAUCCAUUUGCCUAUAAAUACAUCCACUUCAUCAACACUUCUUCCACACCAUCACUCUCACUACUUCUUCUACAAUACUUCUUCUACAAUUUCAUCUGCAACAACUUCUUGUAGUUUCAUCUACACCAACCCCCCGAUAAAAUGUUUAUCCUCACAAUGGGCGAAGCACAUAGAGGAACGGUUGCAAACAUCGCAACAUAUGUAAGUUUUUUCUUUUGUUAACUUUUUAUCUUUCAUCUUCACCAACCCCUUUUAUUUUGACAUACCAACUUAGUCAAGUUUUUUAUUCUUUCUUUUAUAGGAUGUAUCAAGAUUCCGAACUCGGGUCCACAAAUAUGUCCAUAUGGACCCGAUCAUUCAACCUUAUGUUGAACUCACCGAUUUUGGUCAUAUUAGCAAGAUUUUGUCUUGGUCCAUAGAUAACAAAUUCAUUCUAGCUUUAUGCGAAAGAUGGAGACCAGAGACACACACAUUUUGGUUCCCAACCGGUGAGUGUACCGUGACGUUAGAAGACGUCUACAUGCUUUUAGGACCACCCAUUAAAGGUAAGGCUGUUAAUGGUAAGACCAACUAUGCAAAUUCAAUUUGCAUGGAGCUCUUAGAGACUGAUUUGUUAGAUGAUAAUGCAAGAGGUCAAGGUAUACUACUCUCACGCCUUAAGUCGUACUAUAAUAGUUUAUACUUAGAUGAGCAUUCUACCGAAGAUGCUCGAAUAAUAAAAACUAGGUGUUACAUUAUGUUGUUAAUUGGCUCGUUUUUAUUUCCCGAAGGUAGUGGUUCUAGCAUGCAUAUUAUGUACUUACCUCUACUUAGACAUGUAGAUAGAAUAGGAAGUUAUAGUUGGGGAUCUGCUUGUCUAGCCUAUCUCUAUAGCUCCUUGUGUAAAAACUCACACAAAGACACAUCUACAUUUUCUGGAUGUGCUGUUUUACUACAAGCAUGGGGUUGGUCAAGACUACCGUCUCUUGCACCCGUCAAUAACAACCCUUUCACAUUUCCGUAUGCACAAAAAUGGUCUGCACGUGGUAUGAGUUACAACAGAUGUCCAAGACACUGUAUUACUCAGUAUCACAACCUGUUGGAUCACCUUCGACCGACAGACUUCAUUUGGCAUCCAUACCUUAAUUUGGAUCAUGACCAUGAGGUCAACGCUGAAGACGCAGUCGUAUGGACUGCAUGCACGCCGAUAAUACGGUUCACAACUGUGGAGAUGCACAACAGUGACCGUGUCAAGCUGCAGUUCGGUAUGCUCCAAAAUAUCCCAUAUCCCUCGGCUAGCUUAGGAGAAUGGCAUCUGCGAAAAGUUAACAACCAACGGAACUUCAAUCCAUGGCAAAGCUUCGCAAGAUCGGAGUGUCGCAAAUGGAAGCACCGUCAUGACCAUGUGUUAACUGGCGCAGUCAUGCCAACUGAAGAAAAAAUAAGUCGUACUUAUAUGGCUUGGUACAGAUCAACUGAUUUUCAUUUCAUCGCCGAGGAUAUGUACUUGUACGACCCACGCCAGAUGACUUACACACCUGACACCUCAACAUCAAACCCCCAACAACAGUGUCAGACCGGAUACACACAACCCCCUAUCCGUCAAACAUUUCGUUUAACCAACACACAAACAUACAACCAAAACAUUCCAUACACCCAACCUAAAUACCAAGAGCAUACCCCAUACCACCAACAACAAAUUGACCAUCAACUUGAGACUCAACAACGCUUCGCACCCACCCCAUCACCCUACCAAAGUCGCCUAAGCCAGAACAUCCAACGAUCAUUCAACACCAACCGCCCCUUCUCCUACCGUAGCCAAGAAGCCCAAACCUCACAAAACCAAAACAUCCAACAACCAUAUCUCUACCAAACACCCCAACAACCUUUCCAACCUUUCCUCGACGCAUCAUUCACACCCAUGUCUCCCUUCAACCGUCCCGGUCGUCCAUCAAUGAGUCAACCACAUCCCAACUUCUCUAGCAUGGGUCAUGAGCUCAGCUACGGCGGUACACCAUCGAUGCAUACUGAAGACUAUGCCGAAUUGUCUGACUACCUCAACAGACCUUCUCCUGUAGUUGGUAGUGACGCUCCUGGCCCCUUAGAUGAUCAAACACCGGUACCGAAUCGUCAACGUGGGUUAGGGUCACGGGUUAGGGUAGCUAGAGGAUGUGAGACCGGAGGUCGGUUAGGUGAUCCCGGUCAUCACCAUUAGGUUUCUUUGUGU